AUGGCCUCAUUCAAGUCCAUCCCGGGUGCUGAUGAUGUGUCACCGGUCCGCCAUUAUAGGAAUUGUCCCUCUCGCGUCCCCUCCCCCCCAAACCAGCGUCAACACGCACACUCAAUCUCUCUCGGUGCCGUCAAUGCCAAUCAUCGCGUAACGCGUCGGAAGAGUGUCACCACCGCCGCUGUCAAUGCCGCCGCCGCGGUCGCGGCCUCUUUGCAGGAAGGCGGAGAGUCUAUGUCGCUCCCCAUGGCCGCGCACCGCCGCAGCCUGGGUGGCCGCAAGGGACUGGAAUCUACUUCGGUAGGAGGCGCCUCGGGUUUCAGCUCGUAUCUCUCCCGGAGUAUGAACAGCCCUAGCCAGGAACCACCGGUCGCCCGCAAGGCUUCCCCGAGCAACUCGGACGCGGACGGCAAGGCUAUCCCCAAGGGCCGGAACCGCCGUGCCAGCGAAGGCGCUCAAAUCAAGCUUGAUGGGAAGCGCAACCCGGCCUCAAUCCGCUGCGACCGUUGCGGGAAAGGGUAUAAGCAUGGCAGCUGCUUGUCCAAGCAUAUGUGUGUAUCCCCCAUACCGCCCGGUCGUCUUCUCCUUGCUCGAUCGGGAGCAUGCGCCAUGUCGGCUCUGUGCAGGUGGGAACACGACCCGGCGUGGGCGAUUACCUCGAAAUUACUCAUUUCCAAGCACCAGCAAGUCCAGCUGCUGGAGGCCGCCACCGUGUUGGUCGGCAUGAACGACCCUUUAGACGAACUUCCCGAGGAGUCCGCCGAAGUCGAGUCGGUGAUUUCCUCUGCGUCACCGGACGCCUCUUCGGAUGUACGGGAUGGAGUCAGUUCGGCCGAGACGACACCGCCACCUCUGGACGAGCAGGAAGAGGACGAUGACUUCGAAAUGUCAGGCAUGCCGGCCAACUGGACUAAACGCCCUAGCAUCGGUAACGCUUCGGCCGCUUUCUCCCGCUCUUACCAGUCGAUCCCCUCGAGCUCGUACAACGGCAGCGCUCCGCUUCACUCGCCGGCCUUCUCUCACUUCCGCAAGUCCAGCGUUGACACCCGUCCAUCCACCGCCGACACCCGACUCAACGAGGAAGAUGAGGCUGAUUUGGCUGCUGCCAUCGGACUCUGCAACUUUGGCACCCCCCGCACAGGGCCAGUUUCUAUGACCCCUGAUGUCCCUCCGGUGCCGCCGCUGCCCGCCCGCUACCUCGACUCCGGCAGCCACCCGAGCAACCAGAGCCCGGGUCUCGGCCACUCGGGUUCCAUUAAUGACGCUCUCCGCCGUGACUCCAAUGCCGAGUUGUUUCUCUCCGCCUCCCUCAACCCAUCUUUGUCCUACAAGGUAUCUGACGAACGGGGAGUGCGAACUAGUGACAUCAAGACAAAUGAGACCCGGCACCGUCGCAACGCAGACGUGGACUUUGGCAGCCGCCGUGCUCCCGCUGAUGACGAUGAUGAUGGUGUUUUCGGCCAGAUGGAAGAGUAG